AUGAAGCGGCAAAGAGAUGAAACUGUCGUUUCCAUGGUGGAGGCGGGUUUGCUGCUUGGAAAGUGGCCAUGGCAAUGUCUGUCUGCAAUGCGUCUCCCAGGCCGUGGUGCAGGCUGGAGCCGCAUGCAGGCACCCACUCCGACAGGCGGUCCAUCCAAGAUCAUUGUCUCCACCGGCAAACUCCCAUCCAUUGUGCAGCGCGAGACGGGCAUCAAGCUCAUCAAGCGCGCCACUGGGGAAUUGUGCUCCAACGAGAAGUUCCGCAUCGACCGCGAGAGAGACUUGUUCACGCUUAAUUGGAAGGCCCUGGCCAAAAACACGCCGCAGCCAGGGAAUGAACAACCGAAGAUCGAGCACUCCUUCGCAAGCUUGCGCUCGGCCAGCCUGGACCAGGAUCGGCUGCGGCAGACAUUCCAGCCGCUCUUUGCCGCUGCCUCAGCGGACCAAGAGUGGAGUCUUUAG